UCUCGCGAGACUGUUGUACCACCAUAAAAAUCUCGCAGUGAUGGCUGCGCCGCCCGAUGUUGAGAGUUUAGAGUCUCGUAUCAACAAAGCCACAAAUCCACUCAACAGAGACACAGACUGGAGCAGCAUCCAUGCCUUCUGUGACCAGCUCAACAAUGAAUUGGAAGGACCUCAGCUGGCCACCAGACUCCUGGCUCACAAGAUCCAGUCCCCACAGGAGUGGGAGGCCAUGCAGGCCCUGCUGGUUCUGGAGACGUGUAUGAAAAACUGUGGGAAAAGGUUUCACAGUGAAGUAGGCAAGUUCCGGUUUCUAAAUGAACUAAUCAAAGUGGUUUCUCCAAAGUACCUGGGCUCACGGUCACCAGAGCCAGUAAAAAAGAAGGUUUUAGAGUUGAUCUACAGCUGGACUCUGGGUUUACCUGAGGAGGCCAAGAUCUCAGACGCCUAUCAGAUGCUGAAGAAACAAGGGAUUAUUAAACAAGACCCAGAACUUCCACCUGACAAACUACUGAACCUUCCUCCACCAAGACCCAAGAAUGCCAUUUUUGAGGACGAGGAGAAGUCAAAAAUGCUGUCUCGCCUGUUGAAUAGCUCACACCCCGAGGACUUGAAAGCCGCCAACAAUCUUAUCAAGGAAAUGGUCCAGGAGGAUCAGAGGCGAGCAGAGAAGGUUUCAAAGAGGGUGAACGCCAUUCACGAGGUGAAGGAGAGCGUCUCCCUGCUGACUCAGCUUCUGCAGGACUAUGACAGCACUGCCAGCAACCAGAGCAAUGCUGAACUGCUGCAGGACCUGUACCAGCGCUGUGAGAAAAUGAGACCUACUCUGUUCAGACUGGCGAGUGAUACAGAGGACAAUGAUGAGGCCCUGGCAGAGAUCCUGCAGGCCAACGACAGCCUGACUCACGUCAUCAACCUCUACAAACAGCAGGUGAAGGGGGAGAUAGUAAACGGCAACAACACGCUAAACACACAGAAACAAACGGGAGGGACGGCACUGCUCGAUCUGUCCGGACUGGACACAUCACCCCAGUCACCUCCGUCCUUCCCAGAGUUCCCCACACCCACAGACAGCCUCAAUGCCCCGUCACAGGAGAUGGGGAUAAGUCUCCUCGACGACGAGCUCAUGUCACUUGGUUUAAGUGAAGGAACACACACCUCCAACCCUGCCUCACAGCCUGAAGACUCCACAGCCUGGGACUCCUUCCAGUCAUCUGAAAGCAUAGAGGCAGAUGUUCCUGCAGUACCAAGUCUCCUGCUUAGUCCAGAACCACCCUCCCUCUCUCAGCCUCUCUCCUCUGGCUCCACUCCUGUAAACUCUGCCCUGGACGAGCUGGACCUGCUGGGGAAGACACUGCUGCAGCAGUCGAUGCCACCAGAGGGCCUGCAGGUUAAAUGGGACAAGCAACAGUGCAAACCUACUCUGAGAGAUCUGCAGAGCAAGUCUGGGCCCAACGUUACACCAAACCCCAUCCCGGUCUUUUCCUCUGAACACGCUGCUCCUCUCAACUCUCAGUCGAGUCUCGGGACCACAUUGCUGGACAUUUCCCAGACUCACACAGAGACACCUUCUGCUGAAAUCACCCUGACUGAUGUUUUUGUACCGCUAGAAUCUAUUAAGCCCAGUAGUCUUUUACCUGUGACUGUGUUUGACAGACACAGUCUGCGGGUUCUCUUUCACUUUGCCCGUGACUCGCCUCCAUUUCGCCCCGACGUGCUGGUGGUGAUCAUCUCCAUGUUGUCCUCUGCCCCUGUCCCUGUCUCCAACAUUAAUUUUGAGACUACAGCUCCAAAGUCCAUGGCAGUGAAGCUGCAGCCGCCAUCAGGGACAGAGCUCCCAGCUUUCAACCCCAUCCUUCCUCCUGCUGCUGUCACACAGAUUCUGUUGCUGGCAAACCCAAACAAGGAGAAGGUGCAGCUCCAGUACAGAUUAACCUUCACCAUGGGAGAGCAGGAGCACAGUGAGAGCGGCAGUCUAGAACAGUUUCCUUCUGCGGACACUUGGGGGAAUCUAUAGCAUUCAGAAACAACCACCAUCAGACUGACUCUGCCUUCACACUUCAGCUUUCUUCCGACACAAACUCAACACUCUGCAUAAGACCGGUUUUCUCUGUAAUCACAUGGUUCUUUCUGUGAUUGGUCUUGAUUGUUUUGUUUGGAUUACGCUCAUGCUCUUUCAGUGCAGCAGUGUGUGUUAUGCUUUGCUCUCAAUGAGUCUGUACGUGGCUGCUUUGAAACUACUUUCCCUGAGUUGUUGGGAGUCUACAAGCAGUGAUAUGAAGAGAGAAAAUUACCAAUGUGUGGAAAUCUGCUCAUUUGGUGCACUUGUUUCUUUAAAUUCAUUAUCAGUUCUGUUUACCGUCAUCUCUGCACGUUCCAUUUUUAUAAUUCAGCACACCACAAGGGAAUGAACAUGAGCAUUACAUAGACACAGCUCGUCCUAGUUGCAAAGAAAAAGCUAUACAUCAUAUUUAGAGCUGCAACUAACGAUUAUUUUCUUGAUUAAUCGUUUGGUCAAUAAAAUAUCAGAAAACCUUAAAAAAUGUUGAUCGGUGCUCGUCAAACCUGGACAUGAUGAUGUUCUCAAAUGUCUUUUUUUGUCCACAAACCAAAAUGAUUAAACAAUCAGAAAUCUUGUUUAAAUCAUGAAAAAAAGCUUAAAAUCGAUUAAUCGAUUAUCAAAAUAGUUGUCGAUUAAUAAUCGAUUCAUUGAUAUAUCGUUUCAGCUCUAAUCAUAUUCCCCUUUUUUGACAUCUGUGUGUGAUGAGUGAAUACCGUUUAAUUUUUUUUUUACAGUGAGUCCUUUUUGAUUUGCACAGAAAGAGUUUUGAUCUUAUUUACAGUGCAAAAACGUAUAAGUUGUGCGUUACCUGCCACAUGUGCCUGUUUUGCAGUUCUAACAUCAGUUCAUUUUGAGUUUUUCCGUCUACUAGGGGUCAAUCAUAUUAGAUUUGUAGCCUGUCACCUAUAUUAUAAGCUAUAUUCUUGAUAUAUUCAAAACAUUUUCAUGGGGAUGAUAGCUUAAUUUAUCUAAUCUUUUCUUUAGCUUGUGAUGUAAAUUAUGAUUUAUAUAUGCAAACUGAGCUGCUCGGUGCAGUGUCCGUCUCAAACAUGCCCAACACGUCUCCCACAGUCUGCGAUGCAUGUCAGCCAUGCUGAUCACUCUUCCUCCUCCCAUAGGCUCCCAAUCACAUUCCACCGUACUACUCUCCAAUAUGACUGCUUUGUAAAUACCAAUGAUGGCAGUUCUGUGUACAUUUGACUUGUGCAAAAGCAUAACACUUAAAAUAUUCCAAAUGGGUAAUAAAGUUUUUUUUCUUGGUGA